GUUUUUAUCUUAAAGCUUAUUCUGUCGCUAAAAUCAUGGAAACAUCUAGCGCCUCUUCUCGACAUGACGACGUUGAACUACCAAAUUUCGACCUUAACUUGUUCGGUGAAACCUCCGUCUAAGUCCGCUAAGAGAUUUGCAAAUUUGAGCGAGCGGGAGUUGAACCAUAUUGUUGAACAAAGACAUUCAGAGAAGACCAAAAAAACAACAAACUGGUCUGUUUCAACUUUUCGAGGUAAGCCAUCUAUAGUAACAAUUCCACAAUGUUUUCCAGCAAUUUUGUGACAUACAACUUAAUUGGUAAAUGGUAAAGCUAGAAGUGAAAACUAAUUUUCUCCCGUCGAAAGCUAUUUAAAUGUCAGCGACCAAAACUCGUGCAUUAACUUUUAUCGGCUGCAUGAAUUGAGGCUAAGAAAAGUAACACUUUUUUAUUUAAAUUCUUGUUGUAAAAAAAGGAAAACGACGAUUGUCUUUUUAAGAUGGAAUUUAAUGUUUUUAUCAUAAAAUUGACAGGUUAUAACAGCGAAAAAUUGCUCGCUCAUUAAACUAAACCACAGGUGACCCAAGCGUAAUAUGAGAGUUUGUAUGGGAGAAAUAGAGUUUGAAACUUAGAUGAAAUAAAUGAAGUAAAAGCGAUAAAAGUUCUCAAUAAAGUGUAAAUAUUGUUACCUAGAGUCGUUGUCUUUGCUUUUACGAAGUUUCAGUUCGAUUUAAGUACUUUUACAGCAUCUGACCUGACAGUGUAAUAAUAGGAGACAAGGUAGGACAGAAUCGCUCGAUCGAUCUUCAAAGCAGCUCAGAAUCAGCUCCAAAUUUCACGCGAAAAAACAAACACACUUACAUUUUAUGCCGCCAAAUCCACAAAGUGGUACGUUAAGAUCACUUUCCUGCAAUGCGUUCCGGUAAACCUUGCGUUUGGAUCGCAUAACUUGAUCGAAAAGAUCAACUACAGUUCAAAAAUCGGCGCCAUUUAUCCGUGACUAGUAAAAAGUGUAACAUUUCAACCGUUUUGUCGCUCGGCGGUGACUGGGCGCUAACGUCAAAUAAUAACUCACCGGGAGAGAGUGACAUUACUUCGUUAAGACAAAUCUCCACUCACCCACCUCCGAGCCAACCUCCGAGCAAGGUUGGCUUCUCUGUUUUGUUUUGUUGCUUCGUUCAUUGGCCAAGUAAAAACAAAGAAGCCAACCUUGCUCGGAGGUGGGUGAGUGGAGAUUUGUCUUAACGAAGUAAUGUCACCCUCUCCCGGUGAGUUAUUAUUUGACGUUAGCGCCCAGUCACCGCCGAGCGACAAAACGGUUGAAAUGUUACACUUUUACUAGUCACGGAUAAAUGGCGCCGAUUUUUGAACUGUAGUUGAUCUUUUCGAUCAAGUUAUGCGAUCCAAACGCAAGGUUUACCGGAACGCAUUGCAGGAAAGUGAUCUUAACGUACCACUUUGUGGAUUUGGCGGCGUAAAAUGUAAGUGUGUUUGUUUUUUCGCGUGAAAUUUGGAGCUGAUUCUGAGCUGCUUUGAAGAUCGAUCGAGCGAUUCUGUCCUACCUUGUCUCCUAUUAUUACACUGUCAGGUCAGAUGCUGUAAAAGUACUCAAAUCGCACUGAAACUUCGUAAAAGCAAAGACAACGACUCCAGGUAACAAUAUUUACACUUAAUUGAGAACUUUUAUCGCUUUUACUUCAUUUAUUUCAUCUAAGUUUCAAACUCUAUUUUUCCCAUACAAACUCUCAUAUUACGCUUGGGCCACCUGUGACUAAACUGUAAAAAUUGCUUCACCGAGUGACUACUCGAUGCACAAACAAUGACAUACGGCUUAUAUUUAUUCCACAUUUUCAGUCUUCUGUUCUUUUAGAUUCGUUUAAAAAAAGAAUACUGUUUUUUUAAAGUCGCUUACAUGUUGAAUUUCAGCUUGAAGUUCAGAGAAAGCAAUACAAACACCGAUUGAAAACAUGACGACUGGCCAGCUGGACCAGAAUCUGAGACGAUUUUAUGCCGAAGCACGAACACAAAAAGGGGAGCCAUACAGUAAAUCCACCUUGCUUGGAUUCAGACAUGCCAUUGAAAGAUAUCUAAACGCUCCUCCAUACAACAAAGGGCUCCAGUUAGCAAGUGAUCCCAGAUUUAUGCGGUCAAACCAGAUGUUAGACGCCCAACUAAUCAAUUUGAGAAGAAAUGGAAAGGAAAAUGUGACCCACAAACCUGCAAUUGAAGAAGGGCAUCUCAAACAGCUAAAAACCAGUGGCGUUUUUUCUCUUUCUUCCCCGCUUUCUUUUCUUAGAAAUGUAUGGUUCCAUAUUGUCCUUUUCUUCUGCCGAAGAGGCCGUGAAGGGCAAAGAGCUCUCACCACUAACAGCUUCAAGUUUGCAACCGAUGCAGCCGGGCGUAAAUUUGUAACCAUGGCCCAUGAUGAAGCUUCGAAGAACCAUCCAGGUGGUGUCCAUGACUCUUCCAGCAACGAGAAAGAAGCUAGAAUGUACGAAUCAGCCGAAAGCGACGAUGGCUACAAGGCGCUUAAGCUCUAUCUUGAAAAGAUCAACCCGAAGUGCAGUGCGCUUUUCCAGUAUCCGAAGUCAAAUGUUAGACCUGAAGACAUCGUGUGGUUCGAGCUAAGGCCUUUGGGCGUUAACACCCUCGCCAACAUGAUGAAGAAAAUCAGCGAAGUGGCAGAGCUCUCAACCAUAUACACAAACCACAGCAUACGAGCAACAGCCAUAACCCUGUGGUCCAAUGCUGGAGUCCCUAAUCGACACAUCAUGUCAAUUUCAGGCCAUCGAAAUGAGCAAUCCUUGGCACAUUACAACUCGCGGCCGUCGAUUUCUCAGCUUCAAAAUUGGAGUGAUGUGCUGUCAAGGGCGCUAGCAGUCACUGAAGCUUCAUACGCAAGAUCUUCUUCUUCAGUGCAAUCCACAGUCCGUGUUAGCUGUCCUUCACAAUAAGAAGGAAAUUCUGCUCCUUCCAAUAUUGCAAGAGAAGUGGCUCCAUUUUUUAAAGAUUGCAGCAUUCAAAACGUGCAGUUCGUCUUUAAUUCGUCGGAAAACCACUCAUAA